AUGGAACGGGAUUCAUCUGAUAAGAAAAAAGACAUUGUCGAAGAAGCACCCCCGCCUUACACACCAGUAGCAUCCGCUGCUUCCUCUACGAGCCCUGUCCCGCGGGAGACCGACCGUUUAAAUGCUUCGACUCCUAAAAUGUCAUACACCAACCCAUACCCUGCAAUACCAAAUCCAACCUAUGGCACUUCACGAGACACUGUAAUUCUAACACCUGCUGUGCCGCUAGCUGACAUUAAGGAUCAGCCAGUAGUGACUACUUGUCCACAAUGUCAAAGGGUAGUGCUAAGUCAUACACGGUAUAGAAACGGAUCAGCAACGUGGCUUGCAAGCUUUGCUUUAAUGUGUUUCGGUCUGAAUGGCGGAUGUUGUCUGAUACCGUUCUGCCUGAACGAUCUCAAGAAUGUGAUCCACGAAUGUCCUAAUUGCGGACGUAUAAUGGCAGAGUAUUCCAGGUUAAAUGGACACGUUAAUGUGUAUAGGCGAAAUUAA